UGAGUUCCAAAUUAUCUCCCCCCUUCCAACUCCUCCCAUUCAUUGAGAAGGCAAAGCAAUAUGAUAACCAUAUCUUUCUCUCAGCUUGGCAGAGCCUAAUCCUUAUCACAUACUUAUUCAAAAAAACCAUGUCUCUCUUAAUGUAUCCCAAAUUCAUGGUUUUCUGUCAUAUCCCACUGUUGACUCAAACUGAGCUGCUUGACCAGUAGGAGCCCCAGAUUUUUUUCAGACAAAUUGCUCUCCGACCAUGCAUUUCCCAUUUCAUACUUGUGAAAUCCAUUUCUUGAACUCAAGCAUAAGAUUUUAUAUAUGUCUCUAUUAUAUUUCAUCUUGUUAGAUUUAGCCCAAUUUUCUAGCCUGUCAAAAAAAAUUUUUUUUGGGGUCCUAUCAGCCCUGCUGGGUUUGGAUCAUUUGUAGAUGUGAUCAGCUAGUUAUCAUAAAAAAGUCAUAUAUCAGGAAAGAUAAUCACAAAAGGGAAGUUAUUGUUGAGCUGGGUCUGACUCUUCCUGACCUCAUUUGCUGUUUUCUUGGCAUAGAUACUGUUGUCCUUUGCCAUUUCCUUCUCCAGCUCAUUUUACAGAUGAGGAACUGAGGCCAACAGGGUUAAGUGUCUGAGACCAGAUUUGAGCUCAGGUAGAUGAUGAGUCUUCCUGAUUCCAGACUUGGGAUCCUAUCUAUUGUGCCACCUAGAUGCUGUAGGACUAGGUUCACUUCCUCUCUUUGUCUAUCCUGUUUGUAUCUCUCACUCUUGCUGUCUCUCUCUGUUUCUGUCUGUCUCUAUGUGACUCUCUGUCUGUCUCUGUUGUCUCUGUCUCUCCCUGUUUCUGUCUGUCUGUCUGUCUGUCUCUGUCUCUGUCUCUCUGUGUGUCUAUCUCUUUGCCUGUCUAUAUCUCUCACUCUUGCUACCUUUAUCUCUGUCUCUCCUGUCUGUCUCUCUGUGACUCUCUGCCUCUGCGUGUCUCUGUCUCCCUGUCUCUGGCUCUCUGUCUUUCUGUCUGUGUGUCUGAGCAUCUUUGGGACCCUCCGGUCCUCUCCUUAGGUGAAGCUGAACUCCUCCAUGUUUACUUGGCGGCCGGAGCCCCGAACCUAUCCCAGAUCUGAAGCUGAUCUCCUUUGCGUGGGCUUCCUCUAAUGGGCAGAGUGAUUUGGAAGAGCAUCCUGAAGAGGAAGCCAGUUCAAAGGAAGAAAUCCUUGAAAAGCAUCCUGAAAAUGGGCCACAGAUAAUUGAGAACCCAGAAGAAUUUGGUGAGGACAGGAUGAGAGGAUUGUGGGAAAUUAAAGGAUCACUGGUGGAAAGUGUCAUGUUCUUUAGGAGCCUCUCAUAAAUAGGGAAGGAAGCCUCGGGGAGAGGAGGGUGACAGGCCUAUAUAGUGUGUGAGCCAUCCUUGCCUGACCCAAAAGCUAUCAGUUAUUGGAUGUGGGCUACGCAGAUCUUUGGGGUUUCUCUCUCCCUCUUCCUCCAUAAUGAGGCACUUCUAUGACCUUUUAAAGCUUACUAAGCACUUCUAUUCAAUUAAGCAAGUAUUAUACAUUUAUGCUGUAGAACUCUGAAUCCUAGGUGCUGGUGAUAUAGAGUCAAUAAAUGAAAUAGCCUCUGCUCUCAAGAAACUCACAUUCUAAUAAAAAAAAUAACAAGUAUGCACACCAAAAGCUGAAUAUACAAUGUAUAUUCAAAGUAAAUACUAGGUAAUUUCGAAGUUAGUGGUGUCUUUAGGCAAAGACACAAGUUGGCUGAUUUUGGUUGUGAUAGGCUGCACGACAGAGAAUAGUGUGAGAUUACUGCAGAAAGAAAGGCCAGAGUCAGAUUGUGAAGGGCUUUAAAUGCCAAGCAGAAAUAUCUGUAUUUUAUCCUAAAGCUAAUAGUGAGACACUGAUAAUUCUCCAGUGUUGGAGUGACGUGAUCAAAUUAUGCUUUAAGGAUGUUGAUUUGAGGGGGGCAGCUGGGUGGCUCACAGAGACUCAGGCCCAGAGACAGGAGGCUCUGGGUUUCAAAUCUGGCCUCAGAUAAACUUCCUGGGCAAGUCACUUAACCCCCAUUGCCUAGCCCUUACCAUUCUUCUUUGGAACUAAUACUUACUAUUGAUUCUAAAGUGGAAGGUAAGGGUUAAAAAAAAAAAGGAUAUCAAUUUGUCACCUAUGAGAAGAAUGGAUUGACUCGUGAGGAGACUGGAGUCAGGAGGUCCUGCUAGAGGCUAUUGCUGCAGUUUAGGGGGGAGGUGCUGCGGCCUUGAACUUGGACGGGAGCCCUAUGAGCAGAGAGCAGGGAGCAGAUAAGAGAUAUGUAAAAGCAGGAUUCAUACAACUUGUCUUCUGAUUGUCUAUGGGGCUGGCAGCACAAGCACAGUCAAGGGAGACCUGGGAAGUUUCAGAGUUGAGUAUUUGAAAGGAGGGUGGUGACCUCAAGAGAAACAGGAAAGGCAGAAAGAGAGAUGGGUUUGGAGAGAAAGAGCGCGACUUCUGUUUUGGGUAUAUUGGGUUCAGGAUACCUCUGGGACAUCCAGGUGGGCGGGAUGAUGUGAGCCUGAAACUUGGGAGAGAGACGAGCACCAGGUAGCUAGUUAAUCUGCAUUGAGAGGACCACAGAGCCCCUGGGAGGAAUGAAAUCACCAAAAGAGAGGCAGAGGGGGCAGGAAGAACCUGGGGAUGGAGCACUUACAGGAUGGAUUGGGCUUACAGGGUCCUGGGAUCCCAGGUUCUCUAUGUUCCUCUUUACAGGCUUCCCGGACGGUUGCUGGGCUUUUCCAACUUGGGGAAGGCGUGGAUAUGCCUUGAUCAUGUCCACUGUGCUGGUGGUUGGGAUAGGUGCUGGGAUCUGGCUUCUAGUCCUACUUUUCAAGGCAUAUUCCUUGGCAAAGUUCAAACAACAAAAAACCAUGGACUGCACAGAAAAACCUCCCAUCCCAAUAGCCUUCAAGUCAGUAUCUUUCAGAAUAAAUACCAGAAACUUCUUACUGGAAGUCCAAGUGGGAGCCCAGCCAGGCUGGCUUCUGGCAUGCCAGGAGGGCUGGAGUCCUGCUCUAGGGACUCAGAUUUGUAGACACCUUGGACAUCUCAGAUUCACUCACUAUAAAGUAGUGAACCUGACUGAUAUCAAGGUCAGCAAUUCUCAGAAGUAUGCUCAGCUUUUUCCCAGAUUGGGGGUUCGCCUGGAGGAGAUGUGGAAGCCCAGGAGCAGCUGUGCCUUGGGCCAGGUUAUUGCCCUCAAAUGCUCAGAGUGUGGAUUUCAGCACCCGACUUUCCGGAUUAUUGGUGGGACUCCCGCUGUCCUUGGGCGCUGGCCCUGGCAGGUCAGCAUGUUCCAUGGUCCGCAGUACUCAUGUGGAGGCUCUGUGCUGGCCCCAAGUUGGGUGGUUACUGCAGCCCACUGUAUGUCCAGUUUGUCCCAGAUGUCCAGCUGGAAGGUCUUUGUGGGGAUUGUGAGCCACCGGGACAUCGUACUGCACAAGGGGGUCAUGGUGGAAAAGAUCAUCUUGCACCCCCACUUUAGAACUGGCAGGCAAAGACAAGACUAUGACAUUGCUCUCCUGAAACUCCAGACCCCACUGAACUUCUCUCACACGGUAGGGGCUGUGUGCCUGCCAGAAAUUCAGCAGGAUUUCCCACAGGGCUCCAAAUGCUGGGUGUCAGGCUGGGGCUCCACUGGUGCACAAGCAGUUGCUGCAGAUACCCUCCAGAACGUCUUGGUGCCCCUGAUCAGCCCCCAGCUCUGUAACAGCUCCUGCAUGUACAAAGGCAUCAUCACUCCCCAGAUGCUCUGUGCUGGCUACCUGGAUGGACACGCCGACGCAUGCCAGGGAGACAGCGGAGGGCCCUUGGUGUGUCUGGACCAAGACAUUUGGCGCUUGGUGGGUAUAGUGAGCUGGGGCUGGGAUUGUGGGAAGCACCGCAAGCCAGGAGUCUAUACCAAGGUGGCUGCGCACUUGGACUGGAUUCAUGAUCAAAUUGGAGGUGGGGAGUCCUCAACAGGUACAACAGCAGCAGUGGGUGAAGAAGGUAGCAGUCGUUGGUCACCCCUGGUUUGAUGUUGGCUACUCUCCUCAGCCUGAUGGAGCCCACAGUGGACAAGACUGCCCAUAGUGGUCCUGGGGCCUUUGCAUCAAAGAAGCAUCCCUACUGGAACUUCUAACCUGGAUUUCAGGUUUCUAGAAGAGAACUUGUAGAAGGUGGGGGUGGGGAGGGUGAUGAAUGUCUCUGGGUGAGUUAGUCUCUGAAGAUUUGAAGCAAGGAUUCAAGAGGCCUUAGAAGAGAAAGAGAGCAUGGGCAACUGUAAGCUGAGUCAGUGUUUUCCUAAAAAAUAAAAUGAUUUUAGUCUGCCCACUA